AUGAGGAGCUUCCCGGUGGCCGGCGGCCGCAACGUCUCCCUCGCCCUCUUCUCCGACGUCUCCAACAGCCGGGAGCUCCUCGAUCUGAUGCAGUCGGGGAAGCUGGAGCCGGAGGCCGCUUUCAUCAACGCAUCGCUGGUGCCGGACGUGUUCCCGGUCCUCGCCGCGGCGCACAAGGCGCUGCUCUCCAAGUCGAGGGAGUCGCUGACCACGAGGACCCUGCACUCGGAGCUCGUCUACAACUGCUCUGGCUCGAAGCAUAUAACAGAGUCCCUGAAGCGGUGCGGUAUCGCCGAUGACACGCAGUAUAUCCUCGCGGCGCGGUUUGAUGCUUCAGAUGAAGAGAUGAAAGCACUGGAAAAGCUCAUCAGCGGAACCGAGAUUGAUCUGUCAGAAUUGGAGACAAGAGCAGACCAACCAAAGAUUCUGAAGCAAUACAAAAUAACUCCACAGGAACUGUCAAUAUCUACACUGCCAGAGGCAAUCGUGUGCAGGAUUGCUGCCCGAGACGCCCUCUGA